CACAAACUGGCGACGAGGUGAAACAAAACCAAUAAAUACCGAUAGCGAAUAGAAUAGUCUAUAGAAAAUGGGUGACUCCUCAGGCAUCAAACCAUUCCUCGCUGAGAAUUUGGAUAAAGCACUCAUUCGAAAUGAGUGGGAAAAAUGGCUGAGAUCACUCAAACUUUACUUGGCAUCGGAAGAAAUUGUUGAUCCAGUUAAGAAAAGAAAUAAAUUGUUACACAUCGGGGGAACACAACUUCAAGAAGUCGCGUACAACUUACCAGGAGCAGUUGAUGAAGACGACCCAGAGACAGAAACUGACGUUUUCAAAACUCUAGUAGAAAAAUUGACGGAGUAUUUUUCCCCGAUUCAAAAUUCCACAUUCGAAAGGCAUGUCUUUAGAAACCUGAAAAAGGAGGAAGGAGAAACCUUCAGUAAAUUUUUGUUGAAGAUUAGGCAACAGGCUUCGAAAUGUGUUUUUGGUUCAACAGCUCAAGAAUCCAAGGAAAUCAGCAUAAAAGAUAAACUCAUUGACGGUUGGGCUUCAGCGGAAUUGAAGGCAAAGCUACUAGAAAAAGAACGGUCGUUAGAGGAAACCAUCGAAUUGUGUAAGAUACACGAACAAGCAAGACAGCAGUCUCAAUCAAUGACUUCAAAUGACCAAGGAGCAUCGAUAUCGGCAGUUAAUAAAAUAACUUGGUCUAACAGACGAACAGGAGGAAAUUAUUGUACACGGUGCGGAAGGCAUGGUCAUCCACCCUUCUCUAACCAAUGCCCAGCAAAAGAUUCCAAAUGCUAUAAAUGUGGAUCACAAGGACAUUUUUCGUCAUGUUGUCGAACGAGAUUUGAUAAAAGGAAGCCCAGUUCUUCAACUGGCGAAAUGACCAAGCGAUAUAAAUACAAUUCAAGGGUCCAUUUCGUGGAGGCGAUCGAAGACGAAGAACCUGAAACGAAUACCCCAAUCAAAAGCUUCGAAUGUUUCAAAAUUGAUGAGAUUCGCCAACACAGUAGCCCUGAAGCAAGAGAGGAGCUUGUUCAAUGUACAGUAGGAGGGGUGCCCUUAAUACUUCUCAUCGAUUCAGGAUGUGGCGUGAACAUUAUCAAAAUGCAAGGCUGGGAGAAGCUAAGGAAGCAAGAAGCCGGCGUGUGGAAUGUAGACACAAAAAGAAAUGACCAAUUGAAGCCUUAUGGAGCUGGAGAGCCUUUGGAAAUAAGUCAUCGAUUCCAAAGCACUGUGGCAAUUCCAGGAAAACAGGUAUCCUUGCCUACUUCUACGUAG